AUGAGGGAGAGAAGAGGGCCAAGAAAAGUAGAAGCCAAGAAAGCGGCAUAUGUGAAGCUAAUAGAAAGCAUAGGUGAGGCGAAGAAGAGGGCCAAUAGGGAGUGGUACGAGGAGGCUAAGAAGGAUGCGAAGUUAGCAGUUAUUGCGACUAAAACUGCAGCAUUUGAAUGUCUGUAUGAAGAUCUUGGGGAGAAAGGCGGGGAUAAGAAGCUCUAUAAGCUGGCCAAAGUGAGAGAAAAAAGGUGUAUAAAAGACAAGGAGGGUAGAGUUUUGAUGGAUGAGGCACAAAUUAAGCGAAGAUGGCAGUCAUACUUCCAUAAACUUCUGAAUGAAAGGAAAGAUAGGAACAUUGUGCUGGGUGAUUUGGAGCACUCCGGAAGUCAUCAGGAUUUUGGGUACGGUAGGCGCAUUAGAGUAGAAGAGGUCGAAGAGGUAAUGCGAAGGAUGAGCAGGGGUAGAGCGACCACGACAGACAAAAUCCCUAUAGAAUUCGGGAAGAGUACGGGUAAGGAAGGCUUGGAAUGGCGCUCUAGGUUGUUUAACGUUAUUUUUAGGACGAAGAAGAUGCUUGAAGAGUGGAGGUGGAGUGCAAUGGUUCUGUUGUAUAAGAAUAAGGGUGAUAUCCAGAAUUAUAACAACUAUAGGGGUAUCAAACUUCUAAUCCAUACGAUGAAAGUUUGGGAGAGGGUGGUAGAAGGGAGGGUGAGCAGAAAUAUGUCUAUUUCAGAGAACUAG